UAAAUAUGCUAGCAACACCCGACUCUAAUACAGUACAGGACCCACAAAACAAAAUGGAAACUGACUUAGCCUCAACAAUAUCUGCAAACUAUGAUACUCCAAAUAUACUUACCUACAGCCAAGCCUAA